AUGGAAAAUAAAAUUGUUUGCUCAAACUAUCCAGAAUUAAAAUGUUUAGCCUUAGAGUCAGUCCAAAAACAUUUAGUACACCAAAAUUGUAAACAAGCAGCCAAUAACUCAAUCUCUCACCAGUAUCCACAUAAUCAUUUAAAUUCUCAUUCUUUCUCUCAUUGUCAUACUUAUGGAAAAAAUGAAAAUGAUCUCCAAUCUGCCAAUAAUGACUGUUCCUCAUCAUCAUCAUCAUCAUCGUCAUUAUUAUCGAGACAAUCGGUUAUUUCCUCCUCCUCUCAACAACAACAACAACAACAACCACCGCCACCACAAUUGGACUAUGAUAUUUCUAAAUUGUUCUUAUCAUUUGAUGACUUUAACUGUGUAUUAAACUAUUGGCAAUAUCGUUUCAAUCAUAUUGAUUUGGUUGUUGGUAUUGAACCAAGUGGGUUGGUUUUGGGUAGUGUUUUCUCUCAACGUCUUAGAUUACCCUUUUUAAUGCUUAAGAAAAGGUCAUCAACAAAUUCAUCUCUCUCCUCUUCUGAUGGUGCCACUACAAAUACAACUUUAUUGAGAGAAGAAAUUGGAAGUGAUGAUGAAGAAUUAGAAGUUGAACAAGAAAUUCUCUCCACUUUAUUCCCAUCAAUCAAAGAUUCUACCAGUGGUUUUCCAUUCAAAAAUAAUGAACUCUUGGAUUCAAAUGGUGAGAAAAAGAAAUUCCAAAUUUUAAUUAUGGAUGAUCUCUUGGAAAAUGGUACAUGUUUAGCCGCUGCCAUUGAGUUAUUAAAGAAGCUUUUAAAACAAAGUAAAAUUAAAGAUUUUAAAAUUUCUUCCACUUUCAUAAGUAGUAUUAAAUCAUUAGGUGGUAAAGAAAAAAUUUAUGAAAUGUAUAAUGAUAUCUCUGUUGAUGUUAUUAAUAUUAUUGAAUAA